AUGGCUGAAACCACACAACAGUUUCUAUUGAACAUUUCAGGUGUUUUCAAGCACUUUCUUCCACACAACAUUUUAAUGAGGCUUAGACAUGUCAUCGGCUAUAAUCAAGAAGAAAAAACUCCCCAGAUAAAUCUUCUUCUGUUUCUUUUGUCAUUGAAACAUGACUUCACAAUGAAAUUGAAGAUUACAAAGUCCCUUCAUCAUCAACCCUGA